AUGUCAAAAUCACUGGAUGACUUUUUUACGAUUCGUCAGAUUACAGAGCAAUACCAUCCACUGGCUUUGAGACACUUCUUGAUAAGUGUACACUCUAGAUCUCCUCUCAACUAUUCAGUGUUACAGUUGGAGGGUGCAUCAGAGGCUGUCUAUUAUAUAUAUCAGACAUUACAAGACUGUGAAGAUAGUCUGUCGUUGUUCAGAGAGGCAACUGCCAGCGAGGGUACAGAACCAAAAGGCAAAGCAGUCCGGUUUCUUCCAGAUGCCGAGAAACGCAUCAAAGGCUUCCAGAAGGAAUUUCACGACAAAAUGGCCGACGACUUGAACACCUCACAUGUGCUGACAGGUGCUUUUCAGGAUGCCUUGAAGUUCAUAAACAACAAUACGAACACCCUCAAGAAGAAGCAGCAGAAGCAAUGGCAAUUGGCAAUAAUUCAAUCCCUUACUGAGAUAGAGAAAGAAUUAAAGGGCAUUUUAGAUAUUCUGGGUUUGCUGCCCCCUAUCACUUGUUCUGAGAUAAUAAACGUCUACAACAAGGAGUAUGAAAGUGCUGCAGCAUUCCGGCCUGAUGUGCAUCUUCGCGUUAUUAUUGCAUGGGUCAUAUCACAGUUGCUUCUAUUUGGACCGUUUGCUAUGAAUCAAGCUGCCAAUUUAACUCCAUUCCUCAUUGCUCUUCCAAUUCUCACCAUCUAUUUCCAUAGGUUCUGCAAAGGCCGUUAUGAACCUGCCUUUGUUAUAUAUCCAUUACAGGAAGAAAGUGAGGCAAAUGUCCCUAGGUUGAAGAACCCGGAGCUUGAGGUAGAAGGGUCAGGAGCAUGGGUGACUCGGAAGUCCUUUUCGGAGAUAUACCUCCUGUACUUAGAUCUUAAAGUUGACCGAUGUUUGUAA